GCGCACUUGGUGUAAACAGGAAGAACCGACUAAAAGUAGGGCGAAAAUGAUCGGACAAAACGGAACGAACAUUUGCUUUUUCCUCAAAUAUUACUCUACAUAAAUGCUGUCCGAUACCAACAGAUAACCAGUUUGUUUACAUCUCAAUAAGGGGAUGCUCAGAAUUCUUUAACUUCGACAGACUGUUUAAUAACGCUAGCGGGCUGCUGCUGUUGGUCAGUCAGUGACCGUUGGUUUCCUCCGUGUUUUGCUUGACGGAUACUAUCUUCGAGAAAAAGAAAAAAACUCAUUUAUUUUUCUGAAUUUACUGAGUUUGAACGGGAAGAAAUCUCUAACGAUGGUUCUGAAGGAUAAAACGCUGGAAACGCCUCCAGUGGACGGUGUGCCGAGCCCCAGCCCAGUCUCCGGAGAGGCUUGUGCAGGAGAGGCCGCUGGUCCGGCUGAAGAGUCGGUGAUCGCAGUCGAGGCUACAGGCCUCAGGAAAUUCAUCAGCGGGGUCGUUGAAGGUAAAUUUACAUGCAUGACUGAAAUAUAUAUCACCCCUUUCUUUUUCGUUUUAUUUUCUACAGUUGAUUCAAUCGUUAACAAAAGUAGGGCAAGAAAAAAAUGCCGCAGCUAUCCUCCAUCAUGGUGGCUGUGACGAUUGGUUGUUGGGCAUAAAUCAUUCACUCAUUCAUGAUUACCAAAUUAUUAGCAGUUGAAAAUCAACAAACAGAAAUAAGUUGACAAAAUUGAUAAGGCAGGGUGGUGCAUAAAUGAGGAUUGCAUUUUUAACGUCGCCAGAUGAUCUUUUUUAGUGUCUUUUAUAUUAAUAUAAUCACAACAUUGAAAAAGGGUCUUUUUAUGUUUGUUUGUUUGUUUGUUUGUUUGUGUCAUGACAGCCUCUCUGUAUUUUGCAUUAACCCUAAAACACUAUCACUAAAAUUAGUCACACCAUCACUAUCUACAGGUGAUUUUUACCCCAAAUAAUAUACCCAAGAAAAAGUAUUUUUCAUCAAAAUAUAUCAAAAUAGGACAAUACAUGACAAAUUAAAGUACUUCGUAAUGUCCAAAGGGGGGGGGGGGGGGGGGGUGCCAUGAGGGGACCAUAUAAAAAUGCAACAAAAUAACUGAAAUUAGGCUUUCAUCAACAAAAAUUAUAUAUUUAUUAUAUUAUAUUAUUAAUUAGCCACUUUCAAAUUGCUCGUAGGAUUGAAUGUGAGCGUGCAUGGUUGUUCGUCUCCAUAUGUCAGCCUUGAUAGGCUCCAGCCCCCCCUGCGACCCCAGGAACAGGAAUUAGCUGUAGAAAAUGGUGGAUGGAUAUAUAUGUAUAUAUAUAAACUGCAAACUUUGGCACAAUAACAGCUACAGGAGAGAAGAGAACCAAAAUAUGGCAGAUUUGGAGUAAAAAUGACCAGCUGAGUAAAAUAUCUCUUAUCACCAUAUGGAUUCCUUUGAAAACCACAACUUUGUGAUAGAUAGAUAGAUAGAUAGAUAGAUAGAUAGAUAGAUAGAUAGAUACUUUAGGGGUCGCGCCACUCACAGACUCAUACACAGUACACUAACAAAGACAACAACAAGUGCACCUCUGCAGACCAGCAAAGUACAGUUAAAUCUGUUAAAACCAGUAUAAAACCAGUAUAACCACAGUUAUUCAUAACCACUGCGCUAAAUAAAGAUAACAUGCAAAUUCCAGGACCCAUGAUACUCAGACAAAGGCAACAUCAUGAAAAUCACGUAAACAUGUUUGGUCGGCUGAAAAUCACCUGGCGAUAGUGUUCUAGGGUUAAUGUGCAUAUUUUUUCCCCACUUAAUGUGUGUGGGAGGGGAGAUUGCAAAAUUAAAACGUGAGGUGGCAACAUUACCUACUUUCUGACAUAACUGGGUCAUAAUAAUCAACUGGUGAGGUAUGAGCUCAAGUACCUUGUUUGCAUUGAAGCUUGCAUAUCCAGCCAAGCCCACACCCUGAGGCAUGUGGUCAAGCAGCUCAGUGUACCAUGGGAAUGCUGUUGAUUAUUACCCUUGCAGACUUAAAACUAACUGUAUUAUUUGCUGAUGCAGGAUUUUAUGGACGACCAUGGACGAUGGAACAGAGGAAAGAGCUGUUCAGAAGGUAGGAUGAUGUGAAUGGGUGCUGUGUGCAUUUUUCAGAUUCCACAAACCAGUUUUAAGUGUAAAUCCUGAGUAUCAGUACUAAACCCGGGCACAGUAUGUGUUUGUCUAAUCCCAGGAUGAGACAGCAAGAUGCUCUGAACAGCUUGUUCAAAAAGCCAUGAGACUAGGGCAGGAGGUACACACAGGAUUUGUCCAAAUCAGGAAAUCACCAAUUGGUUAAACAAGAACAUAAUAUAACGCUUGUUAAACAGAUGCAUCCUGUUCUAGGGAUUUUUAGUACAGAGACAUGUGACUUUGUGGCAUGGCAACAGCAGCCGAGGCUUCUGGAGUGCUGUAGUAUAUAGUCUUAAAUGAGGCAUUUCAGACAACUGGAACAAAGGUUUUCAAAGACACUGGCUGAAAAUCUGUUACAAAGCUGAAGAGACAUUUAAAAGGCUGGAAAUGAGCACAGUACCCUGUCUUAAAAGCAUGCACCCCAAUCCUAUAACAAUAUAGCGAGGUGAUUUGGUAUCAUACUGAGUUUUGCAUUGUUCAAAUUCACAGGCAGCAGAAGUGGGGGCUAAAUACAUACCUUUACGCACCCAAAGACGACUACAAACACAGAAUGUUCUGGAGAGAGCUGUACUCUGUGGAAGAAGCAGGUGAGUACCCAGAUCCAGUCUUUGGUUUAUUUGUUUGGGCACAAUAAAAAGAGUACUAUAUCUGGGCGAUUUUGGAGGACACGUCAUAUUCCAGUUUUGUACCAGAAUAGACAAGGCUGUCAGACACUUAAAUAAAAACAAGCAUUCAGUGAAAUAUUUCUCUAUCCAUUUCCUAGAGCAACUUAUGACCUUAAUUAGUGCUGCAAAGGAGCAUGGGAUUGAGUUCAUUUAUGCCAUUUCCCCUGGACUGGACAUCACCUUUUCCAAUCAGAAGGAGGUUUCUGCACUUAAGAGGAAACUUGAUCAGGUAUUCGAUCACAUUAGUUUGUCUAUCUCUGAUUACAGCUCUUUUGGCGUCACAUGCGUCUGUGUAAUGCAUCUGUAUUUGGUUUUAUUUUCAACCCCUCCCUCUCCCUCUCAGGUUACUCACUUUGGCUGCAAGUCAUUUGCCUUACUUUUUGAUGAUAUUGACCACAACAUGUGCCCAGCAGACAAAGAGGUGUUUAGCUCAUUUGCACACGCUCAGGUUUCCAUCACCAACGAGAUCUACCAAUACCUUGGAGAGCCUGAAACCUUCCUCUUUUGUCCAACAGGUACAUCAGUAAUAAUGUCAUCCUUUUUCACACUUAGACAAAGGUCUAAUCAGUAUUUUAAUCAUAACUUGUGGUUUUUUUUCCCCCUCUGUUUUUGACCACAGAGUACUGUGGAACCUUCUGUUACCCAAAUGUUCCUCAGUCCCCUUAUCUCCACACUGUUGGAGAGAAACUACUACCAGGAAUUGAUGUGUUAUGGACAGGUUAGUCUAGCGUGUUAUCAUUAUUAGAUUUUCAAUCAUACUCGUCAAUGAAGAGGAGUAACCGAUACAUGUGCAUCUGUUUUCUGCAGGACCCAAAGUGGUGUCCAAAGAUAUCUCAGUGGAGUCUAUUGAGGAGGUUUCGAAAAUCCUCAGGCGAGCUCCAGUGAUCUGGGACAACAUUCACGCCAACGAUUAUGACCAGAAGAGGCUUUUUCUGGGCCCGUACAAAGGCCGCUCCACAGAGCUCAUCCCCAGGCUAAAGGGGGUCCUCACGAACCCCAACUGUGAGUUUGAGUCCAACUUUGUGGCAAUCCACACCCUCGCCACCUGGUACAAGUCGAACAUGAACGGCGUGCGCAAGGACAUAGUAAUGAGUAAGUAUGAGCUAAGAGUUAAUUCAGUCGUGUUGAUUAAUUCUGGUGAACUUUAAAGAGAUCGAACCUUUUCAUGUCAGUUGUAAAGAAACUCACCAAUCCUUCUCGCUCUCAAACAGCUGAUGGUGAGGACAGCACAGUGUCCAUUCAGAUCAAGCUGGAGAAUGAAGGCAGCGAUGAGGAGCUGGAGACGGACAUGCUCUACAGUCCACAGCUAGCUCUCAAACUGGCUCUCUCAGAGUGGCUUGGGGAGUUUUGCGUUCCUCAUCAAUACAACAGUAAGAGCAGUCUCUGCAUUGUAUUAUACCUCCUCACUCUAAUGCAUAUACUGGCAGUUAUACUUGGAUUACAGUGUUUGUGUUCGGACAGACAGCCUGACGGGAUGGUUUAUGACACGAGAACACGAUGCAGUGAAGCUCAUUUCUGUCUUUCAGGCCGACAGGUGCCUCAGAGUGGUGCCAAAAGCACAGCCAUUGAUGUUUCAUCCAUGGCCGCUCCCUCCCUCUGCUCUUCCACAACAGUCACAACUGUGUUCCAGCAACCCAUCAUGUCUCCCGCCAUGCCGCCUCUUUGUCUGGAUCCACUCUCACCACUCUCACACCCUAUGGCAAAAAGACCUCAGGAGGUGGAGGAGGUGAGGCAGUAGUAACAUUACAAUCUAAAAUAAAAAUCAUGCACAAGAACUCAAUGCUGAUCACUGAAACAAAUUCCUUUCUUAUAUAAACUGAGUUUUUUCUGUUCUGUUGCUUCUCUGCAGGUGGAGGUGGAGAAGAAGGAUUCAGACGAGGAGCCCAUGGAGAUGGUAGUUGAAAAGAUGGUGGACGAGCCAGAAGCAGAACCCGAUGCGGAGCAGAAGCAUGUCGGUCCUAUCUUAACUGACAAGAUGGCCGAGGACCUAAAGCCCAUGGAUACAGACAAGGAGAGUCUGGCAGAGUCAAAGUCCCCAGAAGAGUCUAUCCAGGAGGACUCUGGGAGCGAUAUUGCCCCGAUGCAGACAGAUGAUCAGCUAAAGCAGGUGCCCCAAACCUACGUGAGUCUCUUUAAUCGUCUUACAUCAAAAAAGCCAAGCAAAACAAGUGCUGAUUCACCGCAGAGUCGGCUAACUGCUGUUUUAUGUCCACAGGAGGUGUUCGUGCCUGGACCAAACGAGAAGCCUCUGUUCACAGCAGAGCCCCUCACCCUGGAGGACCUGAGCCUGCUGGCAGAGCUCUUCUACCUGCCUUACGAACACGGGAACAUGGCCAUGCAGAUGCUGAAGGAGUUCAACUGGCUGAGGGCCAACAGCAGCGUCGUCAGUGUGAACUGCAAGAGGAAAGACUCUGAAAAGGUGGGCCGACUAACUCGAGAGACACACUAGAGUUGAAUGAAAGAGACAUUUAUCCGAGAACUUUGGUAUUUAGACACUCACUUUGUGAAAGUGUUGGUUUCUGAAAACAAAAUGGUGGAUUUGUAUUACCCGUACUGUCCACUAGGUGGUGUGUUUUGGUGAAAAUGUACUUGAUCUUUGGUGUUGUAUGAACCACAGCUUCCCUGCUAAAACCACCUGCCCUUUCUGAGAGGAUAAUUUAAUCUGAUAAAAUGUCAAAGUAUUAAUGGAGUGUUUGACUAAAACUAACUGUAACUCUUGAGUGAAACCUGUGCUCUCUUCCUUCGAUGAUUAAAUGUCCUUUGUCCAAAAAGAAUGACAAACCAGAAGGACUUAUUUCUACUUUUCCCUGCUUGUUUUCUUAUUUCCUGUCACUUCUUGGUCUGCAGGUUGAAGAAUGGCAAACAAGGGCGGAGAAGUUUGAGGAGAUGUGCUGCUCGGUCAUCCACAUGUUCACUCGCCUGUCCAACUCAGCCAACCGCACCAUCCUCUACGACCUCUACCCUUACAUCUGGGACAUCAAGAGCAUCAUUUCUAUGGUCAAGUCUUUUGUCCAGUGGCUCGGUAUGUACGAGUUAAACAACAAGGCGCUCGCUCUUAGGAUGAAGUAGCAUAGAAAUAGUGUCAUCAUAUCGCAGUCACCUCUUUACUUGAGGCUCACACAUUCAGGUAAUUACAAAGUAGAAGUUAAAAAGUGCUGUAUUGGUCGAUUACUUAGCUGCAUGGAUUACAUAGUCCCGUGCUAAAUCAUCGAAGCAGUCUGAUUUAUUAUAAUCAUCACUUCACAUAGACAAACAGAGAUCUUGGCCAUCACCUGUCUCCAGGGUGACAAUCAAAGCAGUGGCCCUGAUUAUUGACUGAAGUUUAUUAUUGAUUAUCUGACCACAGAUUAGACCAGAUCCAUCACAUCUACAGAGUUAGCUUACCUGCUCGUGUUUUAAACGUGUUCAUUGUUCUUCCUUUUUUUUUGACAUCCGACUCAAUGCCGCUUGCACCGCUCACAUCCUACCAGUUUGAUCCAUAAUAAGCCGCUCCAUCUCCUCGGUAUCUAAAAUGGGUCCCUGUGGCAAUCAUCCCAGCAGGGUUACUGCUGCUUGCUGUGUAUCCAGUAACAUCACUGCUGCAUUCCCACACAGACACACUUGCUUCCAUCUCUCUGUCUGUGGGGACGGGAGCCGGGGGGAAGUCCCCAUCCCCUGCGUCACCCCUCCUCCAUGCCCUAGCGCGCACGCGAGCUUGGAGAGCAAGUUGACUGGCUGCCUGAUGAAGGCCAUUCUGGUGCAUAAACGGAGAAGUGGUCAAAGCUCGUCUGUAAAUCUAUUAUAAAAAGUUUAGAGUCGCUGCCUCGCUGAGUAAUCUCUUAAAAAGAGGCUGUGGGGAAUUUUCAGCCCCCGUUAAAAUCUGCACAAUUUGUAUCAGGGUGCGGUCCAUCAUCCUCUAUCAGAUAUUCUUCCUCCUCCUCUUCUCACUCUCUCCUACCGUCUUCUUCUUCUUCUUUCUCGAUCAUUCAAUCUUUCAGAUGGUGCACCAUGAUACAGUUGGAGUGACAUUUGGCUUUGAGGUAACACCUCCAUCUAGUUUUUGGAGGGUUUUUCUUGUUGUUUCUAACAGUCUGAAGCACCAGCAUGGCCUGUAGGUUACCCCCCCUGUAACCCAGUUUCAUUCGCAGGUUUCUGUCCCGGCCAGCUUUAUGGUAAAGCUGAGAACUCUGGCCAACAAUACACAGCAGGCAGCAUACCCACACUGGCAGAGCCGCAUCAGAAAUCAUCUUCUGGUUUAGUAAAGCACCAGAUAAUUGUUACAUCCACCACCACAGAGAACAAUUUAAACCCCCCAUCAUUAUCAUUAUUAUUAUUAUUGUAUUAUUAUCAGCGUUAUUGUGCUGAUCUCUGAAUAUAGAUCUGCAGUGUCAUUGAGCACUGAUAUUUCCCCUGAAUAUGGAAGCGGUGCAGCCGGCAUUUAGUCUCUACCUCCCUGGUUAUUGUUCUGAAACCGCUUACUAAUAACUAUUUUCUACUGUUUUCUCCCUUCACUGUGUACAGAUGGAAGAAUCCACAGUACAAGUUUCUACUGCUAUUGGAUCGUCAGUGGCCGAUGUAUGCACAGUGCAGGCGUUGUCUCUUUCUGUUCUCAUGCUUGAAAUGGAUUUACGUAAUUUCUCCUCUUAAACUAGAUUCAUGUAUGUUAAAGAUUGAUUUGGAGGAAAGGAAGCAGCCCUCAGGAUGAAGUCACAUUUUGCGCAGCGAUUUAGCCUUGAAUCUUAAAAUGCUAACUCCCAAAUUUUUUUCUCUUUGGCAGCAUUUCUCUAACGUAUGUUUUUGUUUCUGUCAGUAGGCCUAUAGAAAUGGCUCACACCAGCCUGAUGCACCUACUCAAGGGGAUUUACGCUUGGCUGUAGAAAGUGUUCACAUGUAUAUUUGUGUACACACAUUCACAAACAUGACGUGGAGAUUUUAAGUGACGAAGUGAAGACUACGAGGUCGUAAUGUACAGUUUAAGAGGGAGUAAUCCACUCAAAUUUGAGGGGGGGGGGGGGGUGAUUUUAGCCAGCAACAAGUUCAGAGUUCCUUCCCGUGGGUGCAUCUGCACGCUGUGUCGUGUCAGCUCAUCAGAGGAAUUGUUUUAGGCGUCAGGGUGAGGCUCAAAUGUAAAGCAGUAUUAAGUGUCCCUCCCGCGCGCUGCAUUUGUCUGGUCACAUGACAGGGCUCCUCAUCGACCACGGUCAGACUUGGUUAGCAUCAGCGCUUGUGGACGCAGACUCUUAACAGCCCUGUGUGUUCCUUUUGCUGCAAACACUUCCUGUGUGCCGUACCUGCAGCGUAACUUAACGUGGGUCAGUCUGUCUGAUUGCAGUUUUAAAGAGAGUAACCCGAGAGGCCCUUCAACCUGGGAAUGAUUAUUCAACCUCUCAUUUUUGUCUCCCUGGUUCGAUGACACGCGCUCCUCAGUCAUGUGACGAGGCAGAUAAGAAGAGAAUGUGACUUCACACGGGGUGCUCAGAUCAGUGGGGUGACAGCAGCUGAAGCUUACCUCUGUAGUUUAUAGACAGUCUGGGUUUCAGUCAGGAUGGUCGGUAUCACAUUUACGAGGCCGUCUGCUUUAUACUCAAAUUACCCCAACUGGAACACCGAGGGGGCAAAACUGCUCUGAGUUCGUCAUGUCAGCAUGAGUCCUACUGCACAAAGUCCUCAUUCUUUUAAGACCUGGAAACCGUGUAAUGCAGCGCAAUCUGAUGUUUACACAGUUGAACAUCUUCAAUAUUUUGGACAAACAAGUAAGCUUUAGUUGCUUGAGCCCCAUUUAAAGAAAAACGUGUAUACUCCAAAGUAGGUUCUUUUAAUGGUUUAAUACUUCAAACAAAAUAAAAUAAAUUCUCAUGGACGAUGCUAAUAAAUACAUAUGACCCCUUCCUCCUCAUCCCUUUACUCCCUCCAUCUGUGUCAGAGAGCCCCAUCCUGUAGUAACGCUGUCCGCUUGGCUCUGCUCCUAACAGGGUGUCGUAGUCAGUCCUCAGCACAAUUCCUUAGAGGAGACCAAGAGCCCUGGGCCUUUAGGGGAGGUCUAGCAGGAGAGUUCCAGGUAUCUAAUGCACCAAAUUUACAGAAAUCAAAUGGGAAAAAAAAGUGUUGUUAGCAAAGAAGGCAAUGGUAAUAAAUGCGUAGGUGUGAAGGGCUUUGGUCUGUCGAAGGUGAGCUGAUUGUUCUAAGCCGGGCUUCAUAACAUUCUGGUUCCAUCCCCUCCACUUGUUUUCCAAAGACGUUCUUGUCCCUGUAUUACUUUGGGAUAUUAUGAGUCAGUGGGAAGUGAAUGGGCGAUCGUAAACCUAAAAGACCAAAGAGGUUGCAGGCCAGUGUUUGGCAUGGCAUUUUGUGAGUGAUUUUAAUUUGAAUUUCUUUCAGCAACUGCCCAAGGAGAUGCUGCUUUUCCCUAGCGCAAGCGGCGCGAGCGAGCAUGGCUAGGUUUUUAUUUUCAUGACAUCUCAUUUCUUUGCAGGAAAAGCACAGCGCACAAAUUACCAAGCCAGCCCUUUUCAAGCGCACGCGCGAGCACCGCAGCGCCAGCGAGAACGCAAGCAUGUGUGCAAUGAGAAAACUCCAUGAUCAAACACAGCUGCCCUGCCUAAAUUAUUAUGACGGACAUGACAACCCAGAAAGAAAAAGCCAACCAACAGAGUACUCAAUGCCUCAGUUUGAUUUUUGUCGCUUUGGUUUUUUCCUGGAGUUCUCUCUCUUUCUCUGCGCCAGCAUCAUUAUUUUUCUCAACAGGAGGGUCCUGCGCAGCGAAAUAUUGCAGCGUCUUUUAAAAGGGAAAGGAGCAUCUCCUUCAGCCAGUAAAACCUUAGUCAGACCAAAAUACAACCCUUGUUUAUUAUAGCUGAAAAAAAAGCAAAUGUGUUUGUGCUUGUGGCGCGAUGUUCCUUCAGCCAAAAAGAGAAAGCUGUGCUGUUGGCUCACGUUGGCCACUUUCAGACCAACAAGAACUGCUAGUUUACACUUGAUAUGUUUUUAUUACAAUAUUCGAUACACUUGAGCGUUUUUGCUUCCUCCUGUCAUUUCUUUUGGUUUGAUAGUGGCUCAACUGAAGCAAAUGCACCGUGCGGCAGUCAGCCAAAGCAGCACAACGCCUUGUCUCAGUGAAACUGAAUUUGUUUCUCUUGAUACCCACAGAGAUUGUUGCCAAUAGAUGGGGCAAACGAUCUUUUCUACCAACCUCCGCCUUCACUGCCAACCUCCAAAAUAUAUUCAAUAAGGCCCUACUUUCCAAAAGAUGAGGUAAGAGCUUUCCUGUGUUCACAGAAAUGAUUUAUCCCAGCACUCGUGUGUUUUAUGUACAGUUAUCAAGCAGGAUAAAUUUCCAACCAAAAUGUUGUUAAUGUUUGGUUGCAGAAAUGAUCUUGGCCAGUUGCUUGUAAUCCCAGAAGAACUGGCCUAGUUUAAAGCUGUUAUUGCUUUGCACUCAAUGUGCCACAAUGUUCUGCUCAGCUGCUCAGCGCAGCAGCAGCAGCAGCAGCAAGUCAACGUGAUGACUGUAAAAGAAGCUUCAGAUUGUUUGCCUCGAAUAUUCCUCGACUCAUUUUUAUGGUUUUUAUAUCCAUAGUUACAGGAACUUGAAGUUUUGUCUCAAUAGUGGCUGUUUCUCUUCGUCUUUUUCAGGCUGCAGUUUAUAAAAUCUGCAAAGAAAUGUUCUGUGAAGGACUGGAGGAUGUCCCAUUCUCUGAUGACGAUCCUGACCUUGUAGGAGACAGGUAGAACAUACAGUUGUCCUAGUUCAGUGUAUUCCUGUUUGUUUUUUUUCCCUGCAAAGCAAAUCAAUAUUCUGAAAAUCCUCCCUGUUAUUUUCACAGGUUAGUAGGAGGACUACUGACUCUGAGCUCAGACUAUGGGUUUGUGUUGGAGGAUGAUGAAGGGAUCUGUGGUUACGCGCUGGGUACGGUCGAUGUCAAGCCCUUCAUCAAGAAAUGCAAGUUGAACUGGAUUCCUUUCAUGCAGGAGAAAUACAACAAACCUGACGAUCAGAAGGACCUCACAGAGGCCGAGGUACGGCAUUUAUCGAAACUCCUCACUUUCCGAGAAUCUGUAUCAGGUGGAAAAAGGAUUGCGGCUCCUGUCGCUUGUUUUUAAAUUUCCCUCUCUGUGUGUGUGUGUGAUCUUUGUAGAAAAUGAUGCUGAGUUUCCAUGAAGAGGAGGAGGGUCUUCCUGACUCUUUCCUCUCCAACUUCCCCUCUCUCAUCAAAGUCGACAUUCACGGCAAGGUCACGGACCCUAGCGUGGCCAAAAGCAUGAUGGGAUGUCUCCUAUCUUCUCUCAAGGCCAACGGUAGGUAGCGGGCAGCUUUAGUCAUGACUCAAGAAAGAUCGUACCAUGUAUUGGUUAUAUGGAGUGGUAGAAAAUUCACUAAGUAUAAAUGACUACACUGAUUUAGAUAACAUUGGAUCAUUGGACAGGGACACAGUAGAAGAUUAACCUCGACCUUUCUUUUAACCUUGACUGUUUUUGUCUGUCACUGCCAGGCUCCCACGGUGCUUUCUGUAAGGUUCGUCAGACUGACAAGAGAAUGUUGGACUUCUAUAGUAAGCUGGGGUGCUUCGAAGUGGCCAAAAUGGAGGGCUUCCCCAAAGAUGUCAUCAUCAUGGGACGCAGCUUAUGAGGAAAACAUCCUGUUACAGCAGCAAAGAGACAGACAGACAGAAAGAGGAAGAGCGGGCCGGCGUGGCUGAAACGUGUUCACUACCACCUCGAGAAGAGCCGCCAUGAUGAUUUUAUACUUCAUUACCAUCCGGGCUCACCCAAAGAAACCUCUUUUUAGGAUUGGUGUACAGAAGCACAGCAACCGCACACACAGAUUACCCGUGCUGCCCUUAGAUGUUGUGGCGCUGUUGGAUUCAGCAGAUCUGAAGCUGAAAGGUUCGAGGAGUGAUCUGUCGUCAAAUUUUAGCCAGACAAUGGUAGAGUGGUGCUCCAGCAUUGAUUUCUGGGGUCUCACUGAUCAUAUACCUCCAGGAGACAGGAAGCUAUAACUCUAGAAGCCUUUUUCUGAUUGAAUCCAAUAUCCGUUCUAUGGUUAAUGCCUGCAUGCCCUAAUGUGUCUGCAUCCGAAACGGCGGCAGAGCUGUGAAACGAGGACAACCUGUAUCUCAGGUAGUAUCUUACUACCCGUGCAGCCUCCUUUCCCAGCUGUAACACAGAGAAACCUCACAGCUGUCGACAGAAGUAGGACAUCUUUUUACAGGAUGUAGGGUGCUAUGUGAGAGUUUGCCUUCUGUCGUCACAUUAGGGUAUCGCUCUGCAAUAGACUUGAAGAAAGAGGCCUUUUCAGUGGCGUGUUUCUAGCGUGUACACAUGAAGGGUGGAAAAAUGUAGCUCUCUGAGUUUGAGAGAAUCUUCAUCUGAGAUCCUUUCAGACCAGAAACGGAAAAGUCCUAGUCUCAACUACGACGUCUUCUAGGAUUUGUUAAAGUAAAAGUAGACGUUUGGAGCAAUAGAAAAGCUUCCACAAGUUUACAGACAUUUUUCUCAGCCUAUUUUUUUUUUAGCACUUUGCUUGUGGCCAUUUUUCUUUCUUUUUUUACCUGCUUACGUCCCCUUUAAGCUUAUUGCCUUUUGGUUCAUUGCCUUUGGAUUUUUGGUUUAUAUCUCAGACCCCAGUGUCUUCUAUGUAAAGGUUUUGUACGUCGUCUGUUUGAUACAGCAGGUGAAGGUUUAUUUCGGUCAUUGGCCUUUUUGUUGUUGAAAUUCCAGGGGUGUGGCCUGAUGUCAAUCGUCACAUCUCCUUUUGCACCCCAAACCCAGCACAGAAAAUCUUAAAGUCGUAUGCCAAUGCCAGCCAAAGCUCAGACUUGUUAAGCGAGAACACAUUGGAAUACUGUAGGCUAGUAAAACCGAACAUCAAUCCUUAAGAUUUUGAAUCGUAAACAAUCAGAAAGCUGCUCAGUUUUUUUAUAAAUCACCUGGUCCAAACCUGACUGAUAAACCGGCUAUCUGGACUCUGUUCAGAGUAAAAAAAAAAAAAAAAGUAAUCCUUUCCUCCUUUUCCAAUGAGAAAUUACUCAUUUUUUUGGUGUUUGCUUGCUCCCCUCCUUAAACUGCAUACUCUUACAUGAAUGUCUUCUCAGUUGGGCCUCGGUGAGCAGUAUGUCAGAGGUUUGUUCUGCCACCAAAGUUGUACCGACUCCCACAUCGUUGUUGUUGUGUGGGGCUCGGAGCAAAAAUUCCUCGGCCUUUUCCUCUGUGUCCAUUGAAUGUUUCAUAUUUCUGAUGCAUUUCCCAUUUGUUUUUGUAAAUGUUUGUAGUUACUUCAAAACACUUAAACUAAUAAAUAGGAGUGUUCUGUCGGUUACAUGAGGAUCAUCCGUUGCUCUUCAGUAGCUGCCUGCCAAUGUGAUGUUUUGAUACUGUGUACAUUCAUAAUGUGCAUGAGGUGUACUGGAUUUGCUGUGGCGGUCAUUAGAAUAACCUCAUCUUUGUGCUGCAUAGAGAAAGAAGCAUGCUACUCACCUCUAUGAGCACAGUACUGUAGUACGCUGACAGUCUGUAAACACUGUCAAACAAAGUGUUAUUGUUUUGUAUAUCUUUAUUGAAGCUGUGGCUCAUGUUCUGUUAAGAAAUCGCAGGCCUUGUUACAGUGAAUCCUGCCUGGCUGUGUCUCAGCGAGGCGUGAAUCCCUACAACAGACUGCAGGAUUCUCACGCUCGUUUUAAAUGGUUCAUUUUUUCAGUUUAUUGAUGAUUGCGCUUUCUCCUCUGCCAACCAGGUUUGAUAGAAAACAGGCUGGGAGUAUGAGAAAGGGCUCCAAUAGUGUACAAUUUGGUUAUCUGAGUUAAGGGGAAGUGUAAGGGGGUGGGGUUGCCAUUGAAGUGACUGACCAAUGUAAAAUUUAUAUGUAAGAUACAUAAUAUUAAAAAUUAAUAAACAGUAAUAAGUUA